AUGGCAACAAAGGUUGCGUACGAGGAAGCAAUAGACUCACGGUCAGAGUCCCAUGAGGAGAAUGAUCUUGCAAGAGACGUUCCCAAGCUGUCGGAUCGAUCGGCCGAUGAGAGCUACAAGCUGUUCUCCAAGGUCCAGGUGGCCGAUCCAACGCCGGAAGAAGCUCGACGAAUCCGCAACAAGCUGCUUUGGAGGAUUCUGCCUUUUCUUUGCGUCGGAUAUCAUCUGAUGUAUGUGGAUAAACAAACUCUCGGCAGUUCGGCCAUCCUUGGCAUCCUGGAAGAUGCAAAGCUGAACGCCAACCAAUACAACUGGCUCUCAUCCAUAUUCUACUUCGGUUAUCUGGUGGCCGAGUGGCCGCAGAAUUGGGCCCUGCAACGGUUCCCUGUUGGGAAAUGGCUUGCUGCGAAUCUCAUCGUCUGGGGUGGUAUUACGCUGCUACACAUUCCAUGCAAUAAUUUUGCCUCUCUGUUCGUUGUCCGAUUCCUAUUGGGACUCAGCGAAGCCUGCAUAGUGCCGGCAUUUCUGCUUUCCAUGUCCAUGUUCUUCACAUAUCAGGAACAAGCCGUCAUGAUGUCUGUCAUGUGGUCCAUCGGCAACUCAAGCCCUAUUACCUCUGGCUUCUUAUCAUACGGUGUCCUGUGGAUCAAGACUGGAUCAUUCCACCCGUGGAAGUGGCUUAUGGUCAUUACCGGUGUCAUUACUAUCUUGUUUGGCGUUCUAGUAUUCCUGUACUAUCCUGACAGCCCCCUGCAUGCCCACUUCCUGACUUACGAGGAACGAGCACAAGCAAUUCUUCGGAUCAAGGGCAACAAUUCGGGCAUCGAACAAAAACAGUUCAAGAAGCAUCAGUUCAUUGAAGCCAUCAAGGACCCCAAAACGUGGCUUUUUGCCUUACAUGCUUGGUCUCAAGAGAUGGGCAACGGUAUUAACAACCAGACAUCGUUGAUCAUCAACUCGUUUGGCUUCACAGUCUUUCAGACCACGCUGCUCAGUACUGUCAGCGGGGUCAUAGCAUUCUUUACACUCUCUGCAGCCGCAGUCACUUUGCAUUGGACCAGGAAUUGUCGAGCAUGGAUAUCUCUCGUUGCAUAUGUACCUGCUGUUAUAUCGAGCAUACUACUGUUGGCACUUCCCUGGUCAAAUCGUUGGGGCUUAAUUAUUGGAGUAUGGCUACGGUACACGACUGGUGUCCCAUACGCCGUUGUCAUGAUAUGGGCAGCAAAUGCCUCCGCUGGACAUACUAAGAAAACGACAGUCAUCGCUCUCUACCAUAUCGGAUAUGGACUGGGCAACAUCAUUUCUCCUCAAUUGUUUGAGCCCCGAUGGAAACCCCGAUACAAGCCAACCUGGAUAAUCCUGCUCAUCGUCGCCGCUAUCCUCCCCUCUAUCAUCAUCGCUAUUCUUCGCAUCUAUCUAAGUCGCGAGAAUGAGCGCCGCGAUAAGCUCGAAGCGCAGAACCUUGUAUCCAACAACGGUCUGGUUGAAACGAUAAAUGAUGACGGAAGCAGAGAGACUCGUGUGGUCGAUAAUAACCAACUUGAUCUGACAGACAGAGAGAAUCUGAAGUUGUGA